CGGAGAAUGGCAGUAGCCCCCACAAUAGCAUCUCUCUCAAUGCUAUUGCUGUCACCGGAGUGGAAAUUUAGCAGCUAUUUAUAUUGAAGUUUCGUCCCAUCUUCUGAGUCCGCGCAAAUCCGCUCUAUACGCCGUGUCAGUAGUUCCACAUUCGCUGGUGUCGUUAUUGCACAAUGGUGAGACAUCGUGUACGAUCGCCUGACCUGCGUCGCCGCAACCGACGGGCGGAUUCUUCAGACUCAGAUGGCUAUUUUCAAGCGCCUCUUGUAGUUAGACCGAUGGAACUGCGGGUGUCCCCAUUGCGCGAGGAAAGAGCAUAUAGAAGCCCGGACACGAAGGAAUAUAAACACGCACACAAGAAGCGCCGGCCUCCGAGUUUGCCGCCUUCAGAGAGCUCAAGCGACGAGGAGGUCGAAUCUGGCAGCCAAAGCGAAUCGAGUUCAGGCAGCGGCAGUUCGGAAAGCGAAUCUGGCUCAGAGUCCGGUAGCGGCAGCGAUGACGAAAGCGGAUCCAAUAUGAGCGGUUCGAACAGUGGCUCUGAGAGCGGCAGUGAGAGCGGCAGUAGCGAAAACGAGAGUGAGUCAGGGGGAUCCGAUGAUGAACGCAAUGACAAAGGCAGCCGACGGCAUCGAAACGAGCAACCCCGGCGCGUCAGUAAACAUCGAAGUCGAUCGCCCGUGGAACGACGACUGUCACCUAGAAAGAAGAAAGCGCGUAAUCGUCAGCCUUCGCCACCCAGAAAACGUGAUAAAGAAAGGAGACGUAGUGGCUCACCACCUGCCCGUUCGCCAGAGAGGAGGCGACACAAGGAAAACAGGAGAAAACGGAGUGUUUCUGCAGAACGCCAUCGAUUACGCUUCUCUAGCCCAAACGGUCACCGUAAGAAGACAUCAUCGCCGAAUCGCCGAAGUUCACACAUGGCAUCUCGAAGAGACCGUAGACGAUCGAGGGACCGACGAAAAAGCCCUCCGAGGAGACAAAGCGAUAAAAACCGAAGACGUGGUAGCAGCAUGGAACGAAAACGGUCGUCGCCUUCAUCCAGGCGUCGUGGCGAUAGGGAUCGUGGAGAAAGCCCUCGGCGACGAAAAGGUUCGCUGUCACGGCGAGAACCUAGAGACAGUUCACCUAAGCGAAGUCGAGCAGCUUCACCUCACCGGGCUUCGCGAAAGGAAUCUCCUAGACGAAGGUCCUCGCCGCUAUCACGAGAUCGAGACGACUCGAGAGAAAAAGGCAAAGGAGGUCACAGGGAUCGUCGGGAGGGGCGAAGAUCAUCGCCGAGGAGCGGCCGAGGAGACGAUGAUAAAAAAAAUGAGAGAAAAAGCGAUGCCGGUGCAGAUGAGGUCAAGAAAACUAAUAAGGAUGCGCCAAGCAGAGGGUCGCAAAACGAAAAAAGCGACGACACUCGCGGACGAAACGGAAAGAAACCGGAUAGCGAUGAAAAGAAAGUGGAGGAGUCCCGCGAUAGCGGGCGCACAAAGUUCAAGCAAGAAAAAGUUUCGCCAAUUCACGUCACCAAGGUAAAGGAUGAGCCCGCCACACCUGAGCGUUCUAAAUGGGAAGAUACAGAUGCGGACAAGUCAUUGCAUGGUGUUAAACGAAGUGCCGGCGACGAUGGUGACCGACCAAAAGGCGGGAAAAGGGCGCGAGGUCGCGCUGACGACAAACGAAAAAAUCGUGCUACAGAAGAACCGGACGAUAAAUUCGAAUGGGGCAAAUCAGAAGAUAAUGUCAAACCUGAAGGCGAGUUAAAACCUGAAGAUAAGAAAAAGGCAGAUCUAGGAUUGUCGGGUAAACUCGCCGAAGAUACAAACGUAUUUAAUGGAGUGGUCGUGAAAUACAAUGAACCACCUGAAGCAAAAAAACCAAAGCGACGAUGGCGUCUCUAUGUGUUCAAGGGAGAAGAAAGUUUACCCUUCAUACCAUUGCACAGACAAAGCGCUUACCUUAUCGGACGUGACCGUAAAGUAGCGGACAUCCCUAUCGAUCAUCCCUCAUGUUCCAAACAGCACGCUGUUCUCCAAUACCGAUCUGUAGCUUACGAAAGACCGGACGGGUCUACGGGCCGCAGAGUGCGUCCCUACGUCAUUGAUCUCGAGUCUGCCAACGGGACAUUCGUCAACAAUAAAAGAAUCGAUGCUCGGCGAUUUGUGGAAUUAUUUGAGCAAGACGUCAUCAAAUUUGGGUUUAGUAGUCGGGAGUAUGUUAUUUUGCCGGAGGAUGCCGCCGAAACCGGACAAAAGGAAGACGGUGCUCAAGAAACUGCACAAGAACCUGUGGGACCUUAGAUAUCGUAUA